CGAGUGAUCGUCGGCAUAGCAUACAACGCGACGAGGACAUUCUGUUUCGCUGCCGCCCUCUCUGCCCUCUCUCUCUCACACACACACAGCGAGGCUAAUUCUCUACGUCAUGGUUUUCAAGACCGUCACAGGCAAGAAAACUGUGCGGUCUCAGGACGACGGUACACCGCCUCCUGGAGCCAUUGAACCUAUUGUGCCUCGAGGCGCCUCUGUAGAUGAAAUUCUCUUCGCCGUCCUCAAUUUUGGCAUUUCCAACGGCAUGCUAUUCGAUGCAGAACUUCAUGCAUAUUCCAAUCGCACUGCCUCUGGGACAGUAGAUGGGCUUCUUCCUGUUUACGCGAAUAGUGUUGCAUUGAAAAAUGCAUCGGAAUACUUUGCUCGAUUGCUCUCUGCGGAUUGGGCUGAUAGAGCAUCUGUGGAUGGCGAGGAAUACGACUAUGCAUCUGACAGCGAUCUGGAAGACGUGGAUGAAUCGGAGGGUGAUAUGGACGGCGUUUCAUCCAAGCCAUUCCAACGACUCGCAACGCAUUCAAGCGCCAGCGUCCAAGAACGCAAGCCAUUGAAAGACAACCAUGACAAUGGCGUUGCCUCGCUUGAGGCUGCUCAAAGUUCAUCAUCUCUUUCAGCUCAAGAGUCUCCAAUGGAUGCAAAGACGUCAGGCUCUGCGGAUCACGGACGAAUUCGACGCAUUCUUCCCGCGGUGGCUUACAAAACUUUGAAGGCCUUCGCAUUCUACACAUUGACCAAGAAAGUUGACUUUGCACCAUUGCGCUCGCAACCUACGUCAAUACGUCGAGAGAAGGCCAGUACGCAUAGAAUGGCCUACGAUAGUCCUCAGUGCUCUCCCAAAUCGAUGUAUCGGUUCGCCCAUAUGUGCGAAAUUAAGGAGCUGAAAGAGCUUGCUCUGGAGGACAUCAAGUCAAAGUUGUCUCCAGAUAACAUUCUGGAGGAGCUUUUCUCAACACUGACGUCGAGAUAUCCUGAAGUUCAGAAAGCCGAAGUGGCAUACUUGCUCGACAAUGGCUUAACGCCUGAUGUCAUUGCAGCUAUGCCAGACUGGAUUGCGAAAGUGGCCGCAGGCGAAUUAGGUCCACUAAGCGGUGACGUUCUCGCCAUACUGUUCGAGAAGCUGGCGGCAACUCGCGUGCCAUUCGUCUGUCGUCAUUGUUCUGGCACUAGUUUCAAAAAGGAAUGCAGUGACUGCGGACGGUGGAACUAGGAUGUUAAUUUGGUAGGCUGCCAAUUGCUUUCACU